AUGCGCCAAGUCCUCCUAAGUCUCACGGGGCACUCGACCGCGACGUCGGCGUCCGGUCGCAGCGUCGAGCUCUACCACGUGUCGUUCAAGGACGGCAGCAAGACGCGUGAGGUCAAAGCCCGCCACAAGACGCUGCGCCAGCAUCUCAAACCCAUCCUCGAGAUGGAGGCGCUCUCGGCGCCGUUGCCGCGCAAGUUUUUACUCAAAGGCUCAACUGACGACCCUGUCGUGCGGGAGCGGCUUCGAACGUUCCGGCGCAUCUUUGUCGACCUCUCGGCCAAAUACGUGUCCGAGUCGACAGUCGCACUCUUGCACCGGCUCAUGGACGCAUCUGCGCUGACAUCAACCAAGUUGGCACCAAAAGCGGCCCAGAAUCGCGUCGAUCCGACCGACAGCAGCGGCCCCCGCAUGCCGGACGAGUUGCUCCCCGACAACCAAAAGUCGAGUCGCGAGAGCUCGUCGUCGUCGCUCGAUUGCAAACGCAGCGCAUCGUUUAGCCGCAUUGACGAGUCGACGCUUGGCGGCAACAACGACUUCGAAGACGGGAGGAGCAGUCGUUGGGACAACCAGCCACUCAAGCCGCACCAGCCAAAGAUGGCCCUCGUCGAGAGUGACCGGCUCUUCUUUGCACGCGCCCCGACGCCGACGCUGGACCGCCCCACGCAGCCCGUGAACGACGAGGAUGCAGCGUACAUUGAGAGCCUUGCGACCAGUAUGAUGGCGCGGCUCCGAACAAAAUCACCGUCGCCACGACACGCACCAAGUCCGCUGCGCCAAGCGCAGAGUGAGCCGUGGCUGCCCAUUGAGCCUCUUGACCGCCAGCGCGAUCCAUGGCGCGCCGCCCAGCGGUUCCUUGACGAAGCCAACGACGUCGACGAAGCGUUCAUCAAGGACAUGUGCGCAGAGCACUUUCCUCAGGUGUUUACCGAGGCGUCCGAGGCAGCGCCGCGGGACGCCUCCAAGCCGUCGGAGCAGCGUCUCAUGGGCUACCUCCCGCACAACCGACCAACCAAGGUGUCGCCCAUGCGCCGCAACAUGACACAUUGA